CUUUUAAAACAGAUUGUGUCUGAGAUUUCUAAGUUAAUGUUAAAUCCUUGGUUUCAAUAUGGAAAUGGAGCAAUAUUGAGAUGGUGGUCCUACAACUAAAAGCAAUUUAGAAACUGAAAUUUUGCAACAUUAGUUUGCCUUGGUGAUGUCCCCAUGUCAUUAGGAAAGAAGAAAAAAAAUGUAACAUCCGCAUGUCUUGUAGCCAACCCAAAUAGUUUAGGAUAAAGCUAGGGUGAUGGUGUUGUAAGUAGUGAAUGAAUUACCAUUAGACUGGUUUGGACAAAAUGAUGGUGUUGUAAGUUCAGAAUAUUCUUUAUGGAAGAGAAGUGAUCAUUUAUUAGUUGGAAGUAGUUGCUUGCAUUUUUAAGGAAAGACUUUUUUCAAAUGAUUUGAAUUCCUGGCUGUCGAAUCUUUUGCUAAAGAGAAUCACGUUUGUAAAUCACCUUAAGAAACUAUGAGCUUUCAAGCCAAUGGCCAUGCUGAAAGUAUAUCACUGGCACUGCUAUGGUAUAUUCUUCAAAACAGCCUUGUUAUUUGAUAUUGUAUUUGAAUCUGAUACCAUCUUUGAUGUCAUCUGACUGUACGUCUUUAUACAGCUAAAGUCUGGAAUACCGUUUGUUAAUAAUUGUCCAGAUGGACCUGAACUUCUUAAUCUAUGUUUUCUGGAGAACAUUGCAGCAGGAAAAAAGGCAGGAAUAUGAUCCCAAUCCAUCAUAUCAGUUUGAAAUUUUGAGAAAGCUGAAAUUCCCUACUGAGAAAGACCAUCAUUUUCACACAUGAAACCCAUGAGACCAGACUCUAAUAGUAUAAUUAUCUUCUUCUUAUAAGUCUCUCUGCCUUCUUGUAUUAUGCAAGUAUAAAUCUUGAAACUUGGUAGACUCUUUGUACUUCUAAUAUCCUCUACUGUUUUUCAGGUUAUUCUAAUUUCCUUGAUUGUCAAUGGAAAAGAAGCGUAGUAGCAGCAGCCCCAAUGAUGCUUGUGAGAAAAUGUUUAGAGCAGUGACUAAUUUUCCUGGUGUCAGACCUCGUCACCGCAUCUCUCAUCGCCCACAAGAACCAAGGCUCCUCUCCCCUGCCUCACGAGCUUCACCAGCAACCAUGGGGAACCCUUCUGUGAAAACAACUGGUAUCCAAACCAAUCCUGUUGUUCCACCACAACCCAAGUCAGAAAAACUCAAAACACCCAACAAGAAGGGAGCAACUGAGUCAGUUGCCAUCAACUUUGAUUAUACCACCCCACCAAGUGAAAUGACUGACCCUGCAAAAACUGCUCGCAAGCAAGGGCAUGUCCAGGCAGCUAAAGUGGCACCAAAUAUGAAACAGACACCACCACCAUCUGUGCAUAAGCCUUUGAAGACUGAGUCACCAGUGGAGGGAAAUCAUAAGCCUAAAGCACAGAUAAGUAGUCAAGUGAACAAAGAGGAAGGCAAGAAAACAGGCAUCCAUAUUGAAGACAGAUUUACUGAUUACAUCAAUCGAGCCAAGGUGAAGAUCAGAACUAUGUCGAAUGCCGGUGAGGCUGCAAAAGUAGAUAGGAGCUUCUCUGAGUACAUUAACCGUGCAAAGCUUAAGAUCAGAGCUAUGUCCAGCAUUGGUGGUGGAAAGUACGACCAUUAUAAAUGAGUAUGGAACUCACAGAUCAAUAUAUACUACUGGGGUAUUGAUUAUUAUCAAAUGUUCAUUGCUGAGGAGCAUGGGUGUGUUCUUUAAACCAAGUCUAUUUUCUUUUUUUAUGGAUUUACUUUGCUUAUAUUUUUAUCAUUUCUUUCAAGUUGAGAGGCUAAACAAUCUGUAAGAAAAAAUUAUGUUAAUAAUUUUUAUGUGUUGUACUUUCAUUGAUUUUUUUUUAUUGUUGGGUUGUGAAUUGAGAUAAUAAAAUAUUGUACCUUAUGCUUGUGUA